AUGACGCCCUCGCCAUCCUCCCAGCAGGGCCUCGAGCCGCGGCGGCCCAGGAGCGGCCACACGCAGACCGUCUCCGUCAACAUCGCCGAGAGCACGCCGCCCAACGGCAACCGCCGAUUCCAACUCCACGUCAGCGAGUGUGUCGAGACUAAGACCGUCACCACCACAACUCGCCUGACCAGGAAGUUCCCCCAGGUCUUCAUCCGCGACCCCGCCCCCCUCGAGAGCCUCGACACCAAGGAGUAUCCCUUGGCCACGAAGCCGACGCCUCCCGAACUGGCAGACUUUUCUUACAGUUUUGGCGCUGAAGAGGAGGAUUUCGAUGCAGAAAUGAUGGACGAUGUCGAUGACCACGACGACAGCCAACUGACAAAAAGAAGCCAGAGCAGCACAAUUGCCCCGCCUCUGAUCAAACAGGAGUCAAUAUCUGGCGAGAUACAGACACCCGACGCUUUGAGCCGCAUUUCGUCAGCCUCACCAUCCGAGCACUACUCUCGCCGAAGUAAUCGGUUGGCCGCUGCAGAGUCACCGACAACCACAGCGACACGAUCUUCACAGCGUCUAGCACGUUCCUCAGCCUUGCAUGCCGUGUCCAACAGGCUGCGCCGGUCUGUCAUACAAGGAAGUAGCGGAAGUGGCGCUGGAAGCGGCAGCGGUAGCAGCAAUUUACGCCACGAUGCCAGCGACAGAGUCACAAGAAAUACCUCCAUUGGCAUACUUGCCACGCCUGACAUCACUGAGACGGCCGGGCCAAUACCGAACCGCUCAUUGCAGCGACGGUCCAUGCAUUCCGAAUAUUCACCCAACUCCCAAGACGUCAUCCGCGGCCGCUCAAAGUCCCCCCCCUACGAGGCGUCCAGCCCCGCCGGUAGUGAUGCCCAUACUUUCAGCAGCACCGUCGCCACGCCCCCGAUUACCGAUGCAGACCCGGAAUCCUUUGCAGAUGACACCGACGAAUCCCUCGAACCGUCACUUCGACCGCAGCACCGGCCCGCAAUCGACGUCGUUGCUGCCCAGGAUGCCAGUCUUCCUAGUCCGAGAUUAUCCCCAACCUUGGCCGCCGCCCAGCUCCACUCUGCCGACCCCGACGAGACCGCUCAGUCUAGUUUCAAGACGGAUCAGUCGGCCACGUGGAUGGGAGAGUCUCAAGUAACCGAAGAUGGAGGAUUUACCGACAUGGUACCCUUUGAGCGUCCAUCCCACGGCAAACGAGCCAUGGUGCGAUACGACCAGCACCAGCCUGUCAUGCUGGAUCCGCAGAUGCUGCUGGAGGCGUUUGACUCCAUGAAGACGGAGAUGAAGACAUUCAUGAUGUACCAAUUCCUCCGCCGGUGUCCUCGACCCACACUCCGCAUCGUGGCUGAUGCUGUGAAUCCCGCACUCAAGUGCGACUUUUUGCAGCAACUGCCCCUCGAGCUGAGCUACCAUAUCCUAUCCUACCUCGACCUCCGCGACCUCACCCGCGCCGCCCGAGUAUCAAAGCACUGGCGUAGCAUCGUAGAUCGGAACGAGACCGGCUGGAAAGAAUUGUUUGAUAGAGAUGGCUUCACCCUCCCUCCCGGGGAACUCAGCAAGGCCAUUAUUCAGGGGUGGGGUUGGCAGGAUCCGGUUGGCAUCGACGGCUACGAGCAGGAUUUGAGCAUGCAAAGCCGGCUAACGUCAUCGGAAAAGGAGCUUACUCAGGCUCUGAAGCAAGAGGCCACACCGAAAGUGAGGACUUCGAAGCGCAAGCGUGGUCUCAAUGCCUACAGCUCGGAGCGUUCCAAGAGGCGGGCCAGUACCCAGGAGGUGGCUGCCAACCGGGACGAAAAGGCUCAAGGCGAGGCCAAGCAGCAUAAGUCAGCUGGACCCCUUUCGGCUGCCCACGCUGCUAUGCAGGCCGUCCCCGAUCCUCAACUGGGCCUGCCGAGUCUGCGACAGCUCCAUCUCUUCAAAUCCCUCUAUCGUCGACACUACAUGAUCCGCCACAGCUGGACCAACGGCGAGACGAAGCCGAGCCACGUAGCGUUUGCGGCCCACCCUCGACACGUUAUCACCUGCCUCCAAUUCGACGAUGACAAGAUUAUCACGGGCAGCGAUGACACACUCAUCCACAUCUACGACACCAAGACUGGUAAACUCCGCAGGAAACUCGAGGGUCACGAAGGUGGCGUCUGGGCUCUCCAGUACGAGGGCAACAUCUUGGUCUCGGGCUCGACGGACAGAUCGGUGCGAGUUUGGGAUAUUGAGCGCGGCCUCUGUCAGCAGGUGUUCUACGGACACACUAGCACGGUUCGCUGCCUGCAAAUACUGAUGCCGACGGCGACUGGCAUGGCCAAGGACGGCUCUCCCAUCAUGCAGCCGGAGAAGCCGCUGAUUAUUACGGGCUCCAGAGAUAGCCAGCUGCGUGUCUGGCGUCUGCCCGAGGUUGGAUCAAGGCGAUAUAUACAGACCGGCCCGCCGGCCCAGGAAUCCGACUGUCCGUACUUCAUCCGCGUUCUGACUGGACACACCCACUCGGUUCGCGCCAUUUCGGCGCACGGCGAUAUCUUGGUUAGCGGAUCCUACGACAGCACUGUCCGAGUUUGGCGAAUUAGCACCGGAGAUGCCCUGCAUGUGCUUCACGGGCAUUCUCAGAAGGUCUAUUCUGUGGUGCUCGACCACGAGCGCAACCGGUGCAUCUCGGGCUCCAUGGACUCUCUAGUCAAGAUUUGGGACCUCGCCACGGGAUCUUGCCUCUACACGCUAGAAGGCCAUAGCCUGCUGGUUGGUCUGCUGGAUCUACGUGACGACCGCCUUGUCUCAGCAGCUGCGGAUUCGACGCUCCGUAUCUGGGAUCCUCAAACCGGCAAAUGCCGAAACACCCUCAUGGCGCAUACGGGUGCUAUUACCUGCUUCCAGCAUGAUGGCCGAAAAGUUAUCAGCGGCAGCGAGAAGACUGUCAAGAUGUGGGAUGUUCGGACGGGAGAGUGCGUGCAGGAUCUCCUGACAGAUCUUAGCGGGGUCUGGCAGGUCAAGUUUGAUGGAAGGCGAUGCGUUGCGGCCGUCCAGAGAGACAACUUGACUUAUGUAGAGAUCCUUGACUUUGGCGCUGUUCGAGAUGGGCAUCCUCAACAAGAACUCGGACGACGUAUUCUCCUAAACGAGCCGGAAGUUCGUGCUAUGAUUGAAGAAGAAGCUUAA